CUCAAACUUGAUUGUCCAGCUCUCAUAUUCCACUUUCUUGGUAACUUUGCGAUUGAGAAACUUAUACAAUGGCCCCAGACAUCAACCACUUAGGGAGCGAUGGCCGAUGGGAUUAUUCGACGCCUGGAUCUAGUGGAUACAACAUCCCAAACAUUGUGUACAACGACCCUUCAUCUAGGAAAUUGAAAGUCCUAACUAUUGGAGCUGGCCUUUCUGGAAUCCAGAUCGCGUAUCAUAUCCAGAAAAACACGGAGAACGUAGAACAUGUCAUCUACGAGAAGAACUCUAACAUUGGAGGAACCUGGCUUGAGAACAGAUAUCCUGGUUGUGCGUGCGAUAUUCCUUCCCACUCCUACACGCUCAACUUCGCUCUCAACCCUGAUUGGCCUCGCUUUUACUCCUUCGCACCAGAAAUCCAGACGUAUCUCGAGAAAGUAGUCGAGGUGUUUGAUCUCCGCAAGUACAUGACCUUCAACACUGAAGUCAUUCGCUCAGAAUGGCAAGACGAUACCGGAAAGUGGAAAGUCACUCUGCGACAAAAGUCACCAUCUGGAGUGGAAAAGGUGUUCGAAGAGGAAUGUGACCUUCUAUUCCACGCCACUGGCAUCCUAAACAACUACAAGUGGCCUACCAUCAAAGGUAUCGAGAGGUUCAAAGGUCGUAUUGCUCACACCGCAGCUUGGCCAGAGGAUUAUCAAAAAGAAGAGUGGGCCAAUGACCGUGUAGCCAUGAUCGGUUCUGGUGCAUCUUCAAUCCAAACAGUGCCCAACAUGCAACCGCAUGUCAAGCACAUGGAUAUCUUCGUCCGCACCGGUAUCUGGCUCGCUGACUUUUCCACCAUGCUCGGCAAGAGCAGAGAGUACUCACAACAAGAGCGCGACGAGUUUCGAAGUGAUCCCCAAAAGCUGUUGGCACACGCCAAAGACAUUGAGAAUAAGGUUAAUUCAACUUGGAGUAUGUUUUACACGGAGAGUGAGACGCAAAAGCUGGUGCAGACCAUGUUUGGAGAAAAUAUGAAGGGUCUUAUCAAGGAUGAGAGGUUGCUAAAGGGGUUUAUGCCGAAUUUCGAUGUUGGAUGUCGCCGUAUUACCCCAGGCGAUCCAUACAUGAAGGCCAUCCAGGAAGAAAACGUCGACGUACACUUCACCGCUGUGGACGAGAUUACGGAGAAGGGUGUCAUCGGUAACGACGGUAUAGAGCGCGAAGUCGAUACCAUCGUCUGUGCAACUGGUUUCCACGUCAAUUACCGCCCACGAUUCCCUGUCAUCGGUAAGAAUGGCGUCGAUUUGUCCGAGAAGUGGAAGGACACGCCAGAAUCAUAUCUUGGUCUUGCAUGUCCGGAUUUCCCGAAUUGGAUCAUAUCCGUUGGCCCUACAUGGCCCGUGGAGAACGGCUCCGUAACCGGCCCCCUUUUUGCAGUCGCCGAGUACACCGUCCAAAUUAUCAAGAAAAUGCAGCGCGACCACAUCAAAUCCUGGGUACCACGACAGGAUAUCACAAACCGCUUCAACGAGCACACACAAGAGUGGGUCAAAUACAGCGUCUGGAAAGACGAAUGCAGAUCCUGGUAUAAAAACAACGAUACUGGACGCGUUGACGCUAUCUGGCCCGGCUCUUCAAACCAAUACGCCGAAGUCAUUGCCACCCCACGUUACGAAGAUUUUCACAUCGAGUACCAGAACAAAAAUCCUUGGGCGCAUCUGGGCAUGGGGUAUGCAAUGUGCAAUGCCAAGUUUCCCGACUCGGAUGUAUCGCCAUAUAUACAGUUGGAGAAUAUCGACCCGAAGUGGCUGGAGGCUGUUGGGUACAAGAAGCCGGCCUUGGAGGCGGAAAAGACGAUAGGGCCAGAGAAGGAGAAGCUAUAGAGGGGAGUAUACUGACGCAAGAUGCGUGAGUUAUGUUGAUCUUGUAUUGUAUAGAAGACACGUUGAUUACAUGGCCUGCAAUAUGCAUUUACGAAGGUGUGUUGGGUGUUACAUGGCAAUUCUUCUCAAAGUUCUCAAAGUCUCCUCAACGUACGCGUUCAAUUUCUUCUGCCUAAAGUAAUCUAGC